UGUUUAAAAACCAUUCUCGUCAUUUGAUAAAUGGAAACAAAUUGCAUUUUACAAGACUUGUACGCACAAAUUUUACAUUCGGAAGAACAAGUGAAGGAAAGAAGUACCAAAUUCAAAGCAGGUGAAGUGGUUUAGGGUGAAUUCAAAAGUUUGUAUGCGGGGAAAAAUUGACUUAGAUGAAAAUGUUAACUCUUUAUAAUUCUUCAAUAGCAAACGAAGAAAUUUCUUCAACACAGACAAAAACUGCAGAAAUCAGAGACGAAAUAAAGUCACUUCAGGGUAGUCUUGCGAUUCAAAAUAAUAAUGUGGCGGAACAAGAAUUACAAGUACAAUGGCUGAAAAUAAAAACAAAUAUUAUGAACGCUCAGAAACGACAACUGGAACAAGAGAUGAAGGACUUAAAAAAUAAAUUGAAAGAUAAGGAAAGUGGAAGGCAGCUUGAAAGAGAGACAUUCAUCGCAGACUGCAAAGAGUUUUCAUCCAUAUAUGACCUGACUGGAAAGGGAGAGAAGACAAGGGAAGCAAUUAAAGCUAUUGAAUUAAAAGAACUCGUAGAAAACAUAGAAAAAUUGAGAUCAGAGCUUGAUGCAAUACGCAAAGAAAAGAACAAAUUGUGUGUAUUGCAAAAGAAAAAGACAUCUAUAGUUUCUACAAUCGAGAAAUUGGAAAAGGAAUUGAAAGGUUUGUGCUCGAGAAACCGAUAUGGUAUUGUAGUAUCAUUUAAAUUCCGGACAACGUUUGUAGAGGCAGAAAAAUACAUGCAAACUGAAAACGAUAAAACAGUUGAGUUGAAAAAAGGAAAGGAUUUGCUGUCAGAGAAAGUCAAAGAACAACCAGAAAUUCGGAGGUUGUCUGCUGAACUGAAGAGAUGCAAAGAAGAAAGUUUAAGUUUGGAAGGAAUCAAUGACGCGAUGGACCAAGAAAUCACCGAACUACGCCAACAGCUUCAUCAAAAACAGUUUCAUCGUUCACGGCGAGCUCAAGGCAGCCAACACAACGAGACUCAUUCCUCACGCCUUCUCAAGUGAGAGAAGCGUUCAAACAUAAAGAAAUGGAAACAACUGGAUGUUCGCAAGAAACUCAGCAGAAUAAGAAAACUCGAAAGUCGUUGCUUCAAAUAGAAAAAUAUGGUUGAAAAAAAGAGACAGAAAAAAAGAAUCGGAAAAAAAUACUAAGUCACAACAUGUUGUUGCGGUAUUAUUAAUUUUGCAAUAUAUAUAUUUAUAAAGAUGAU